AGCCGUCCGCCCCCAGCGGCCGGGCCCAGCGAGGAAACAUGGCCCAGGCCCGCGGGAGGACGCGGCCCGUGAGCGAGCUGUGGGGGGUGUUGCUGCCGGCGAAGGGCAGGGAGGCGGAGGUUGAGGAGGAGCAGGACGACCCGCACCCCGAUCCCGACUCGCUCUUCUUGGACGCCUCCGAGCUGUGCAGCAGCGGGCGGGUGCUCCGGGCUUCCCUCCCCGCGCGCCGAAAGGUUAUAAUACAGGAUGAAAGAUCCCAAAAGACGUAUGAAGUGGUUGGAUGUUUUCCAUUGGUUGGCCCUUGGUGGAAAGUUAAUGUUAAAGUUAAAUUGGUGGACUCAAAGUACUUUGUGCAAGGAUAUCCGUCAUACUUCCUACGAACCGAUAUAAGGGAAAACCAAAACGCAGUUUUUUCACUCUUUUUUAAAGAGUGCUGUGUUCCUGACAAUUUCAGAGAGGAGUUUUUUAAGUGUUUUCCUGAGAGAUCUGAUCUGAACUUCAGAAACCUUGAAGAAAAACUUAAUCAGUUUCAAGAGUCAAAAUUAAAUCUUCAGCAAGGGAACAAAUCUAUUGAGACGAAAAAUUUUGAUAUUUUUUAUUAUAUUAUGCAAUCAUUUACAGGAAAGACUGUUUUGGUAGCUUUGAGUUUCCCAGUGAUAAUGGAGUUCCUGCCAAGACUUCUACCACGUCAUUUUUGCAAUAUUAUAGAGGGGGUGAGCUGGCAUAAAGUGACCAAACAGAACAGCAAAAGUGAUGAAAAAGUUUCUCCUGAAGAUGAGAUACUACCAAAAUUAGAUGAGAUGUUAAAAAAAGAGCCAUGGAAACUUGGAUUCAGCAGGAUAACCUACAGAGAACUGAAUCUUUCCACUUGUGAGGCAACUUGGGCAGCCUUCUGUCAGUGUGAGCAUCUCCUCUGGAAGAUUCCUGAAUUGCAGAAGAAUGCAUUAAUAAUAUACGAUAAGCUCAAGCAAAGAUGUAGAGAAAUGGGGCAUACCUAUGAAGAACAAGACAUUUUGACUUCUUUAGUUUCUAAAGAUAUGCCCAUUGAACAUGCCUGGCAAUCCUUGAAAUUUAUGAAAGAUGAGAAAAUAAUGAUUGGUGAGAAGAAACUGGUAUUUCUUUCUCAUCUUUACAAAUCUGAAAAAGACAUUGCACUUUCUGUAAAUCAUCUAAUGAAAAAUGACCCAUGGCAGUUACCUGUUGAUGUGAGAAAAGUACUUAAUGUUAGAGAUACCACCAAAUCAAAAACAAAUGGAGAUAUUAAAAUAAAUAAUAACCAGCCUCCUGAAACAGAGCAAGUGGAGGGCAGUAAUGCCCCAGAUAUACAAAACAACAGUGACAGUGAUUUUCUUUAUAACGAACAGGUACCAGACAUAGAAACUAUAAGUGAAGCAGAAGUGGACCCAGAUCAAAUGAAAGCUGUGAAAAUGAUUUGUUCUAAUCCAGUGACAAUCAUAAGUGGAAAAGGGGGUUGUGGGAAGACUACUGUAGUUAGCUGCCUUUUUCAGUAUUUAAAGCAGGUGGAAAAAGAAGUGGCAAGUGCUUGUAAUGAUUUUGAAAAGGACCUGGAUGCAUCUGCUGAAUGGAAUACCUUUAAUCAUUUUUGUCAGGAGAACAUUUGCACAAAAAACCUUUUAAAUGUUUUACUUACUGCACCUACAGGAAGAGCAGCUAGCCUGCUGAAUGAGAAAACAGAGCUUCCCGCUUACACUCUCCAUCAGGUCAUCUACAGUUUUUAUUCAUGGAGAUUAAGAGAUGGACGAAUGCCGUGGAAGUUUUCUACUGUGACAGUUCUGGUUGUGGAUGAAGGGAGCUUAGUACCUGUACAAAUGCUUAGUUCAGUUUUAAAAUUGCUAUGUGACCACGCUCAACUUGCCAAGCUUAUUAUACUUGGUGAUAUCAGACAGUUACCCAGCAUUGACCCUGGCAACAUGCUCGCUGAUAUUUUUGAGGGUCUAAAAUCUAGAGGCUGGUCUGUGGAACUGAGAACUAAUCACAGAGCUGAGUCUCAGCUAAUUGUAGACAAUGCCACAAGAAUCUCCCAGCGAAAAUUCCCAGAGUUUGACUCAGUGCUCAAAGUCUCUGAUUGGAGUGAAAAGUUGACAAUGCCAAGCCCCGAGAAGAAGUUUAUUUAUGUUGUUUUGCCUUCUGGACAUGGUGCUCACUAUUUGCAAACUGCCAUACAAACUUUACUUGAAAAAGGACCUGGACUACAAGAUGCCAAACAAUCACAGUUCAUCGCUUUCAGAAGGCAAGAUUGUGAUCUAAUAAAUGAACUCUGUUGUCAGCACUAUUCAAAACAUUUAACCAGAAACCAUAAAAAUCGACUGGUGUUCCAAUGUGAUGACAAAAUUUGUUCCACAAGGAAUGCCUAUCUCAAGGACCUUCUUCCAAAAAAUAACACAGCUUGCACAAGGGAAAGUGACUCUCAGAAUCCUAAUCAAUGUGAAUGCAGAUGGUGUUGUAGAAGAAAAGCCUUCUUGAGUGGACAAAAGCUACCUGGUGAUCUUGGGGGCAGUGCUGAGGAUGACAGACGAUUGUGCAAUGGAGAAAUAUUUUUUAUAACAGAUGAUGUAGAAGUCGAUAAGUGUCGUUUAUUGACCAUCAGCAGCACGUAUGGCUCCAAAUUCACUGUGGUGUAUGAGGCACUGAGGAGAGAGUGUCAAAUAAGGCAUGCAUGGGCCAGAACUAUUCACACAUUUCAGGGUUCAGAGGAAAAAACAAUUGUCUAUGUAGUCGGGAAUGCAGGCCCACAGCACUGGCAGCAUGUAUACACAGCUGUGACUCGAGGAUGCUGCCGGGUCUAUAUUGUGGCUGAAGAGACUCAACUCAGGAAAGCAGUUACUACGAAGGGCUUUCCCAGAAAAACUCGCUUACAGCAACGUUUAAGAGAGACCUUUGCAGAAAUGAGUGACUCUCCAGAACAAAUGUCAUCUCACCUAAACGGUUGUUGGCAAAGUCAAGGGCAUGAUACUCAACCUGGUCCCAUUUCAGUAACUGAGGAUAUUCCCCUCUCUUCUGUACUUGUUGAAGAUGACUUCAUUAAAGCAGAAGAGUCUGCAGUUCUUAAUGACAUACAAACUAAUAAUGGACAGUGGAGUACUGCUGAACUGGCCAGUGCAGGUAGUGAGACUCCCGUUAAAUCAAAUGGAUGUAAAAGACCAGGCAGUUUUACAGAUAGUUUUGAAAGUCCUUCAAAAGUUACUAUGGUAAAUAAUGAAGACUCGCCCCUUGCGUCAACCAGACUUCAGAAUCUGACUUUGAGGAGCCCAACUCCCAAGCAGCUUUUUGGACCUUAACAAUCAAGUACAUUAAUUAAUA